AUGAAUUUUCCCGGCACUGGAUCCCCUGGUGGAUAUCCUCCACAACAAUUUGGCGGCUAUCCUCCUCCUCAAUCGCAGUAUCCACCUUCCCCAUUCAACAACUUUUCUCCACAGCCACAACCGAUGGGUUAUCCGCCCACAAUGCAAGGAUAUCCACCACCACCACCACCACCACCAAUGCAACAAGGAUAUCCGCCCAUUCCUCAACAAGGGUAUCAACAACCGCCUCCAUUACCAAAUAGACAGAGCUAUCCUCCUCCGUCAAGCCCUGGACCUCCACCACCAGGUUCUAGAAAUGUACCACAACAGUAUCCUCCUCCACCACGUCAAGAUCCUAUGUUUUCACCUCAUGACCCGACAGUUGCACAAGCCAAUUAUCCACAACCACCAUAUUCUAACCAUAAUCAAUCACCAAAUCCAGUUCCGUAUGGACAUCAGCAGAACAACAUUAACGCAAAUGAAUUUGUGAUGCAUGUGGAUCCUAAAUACAGGAAUAUGCCACCACCCAACUUUCAAUUAUCCAACUGUCAAGGACGGAAAAGAGCAUUGCUGAUUGGCAUCAACUAUUUCGGGACCUCCAAUGAGCUCAAAGGGUGCAUUAAUGACGUCCAUAACAUCAAGGCCUUCUUGAUUCAACUAUACAACUUUCGUGAAGCAGACAUGGUGAUCUUGACGGAUGAUCAAAGCGAUCCUAGACAUGUACCAACCAAGAGAAAUAUUAUUGAUGCAAUGCAAUGGCUGGUGAGGGAUUCCCGGCCCAACGAUUCAUUCUUUUUCCAUUUUAGUGGUCAUGGUGGAAGAAUGAAGGAUUACGACGGCGAUGAAGACGAUGGCUACGAUGAGACCAUAUAUCCAGUAGAUCAUUCAAUGUAUGGGCAGAUUGUGGAUGAUAUGAUGAACGACAUUAUGGUUAGACCACUCGCUCCUGGCAGCAGAUUAACAGCUAUUUUCGAUUCAUGUCACUCUGGAACCGCUUUGGAUCUACCCUACGUAUACUCUACUCAAGGUGCAAUUAAAGAAUCCAGUUUUUUCAAAGAGGCAGGCAGUAACCUGAAGAAUGCGGGUUUGGCCUAUGUUAGUGGUGAUCCUUCAAGAGCAAUUUCUAGUGUCAUGUCCCUGGGAUCUAGGAUUUUGAAUGGCGGCUUUGGCCAGAGCGAAGAAAAGAAGAAAUUUCUUCGACAGCAAAAAGGCUCACCAGCAGAUGUGAUCAUGUUCUCUGGCUGUAAAGAUGACCAAACAUCAGCAGAUGCGUCGGAAGCAGGUAGAGCAACUGGCGCCAUGAGUUGGGCGAUUACAACAGCAUUACGACAAAACAAGAAUCAAUCGUAUCUGCAGCUACUAAACAAUAUCCGACAAUUGCUUCGACAAAAGUACCAACAAAGACCUCAAUUGUCAUCAUCACAUCCAAUGGACAUGAAUUUGCUGUUUUUGAUUUAA